AUGCAUGGCGCAGAGACGCACGACAUUUUGUCGAACAAAGCAGCUUUGAUAAUGGAACACCCGGACCUGGUCGCUGUGUUGUACCCAUAUCAGCAAUCUUCUGAUGCCAUCGCGGCUAUUACCGCCCCUGAGAACGCAUCGCUGCACAUUCCUGCCAUGCACCAGGCGGAACAACCGUCACUAAGUCUCCGGAGCAGAGACGCCACGCCGGAGCCAGAAGAGAACAAUUAUGAAUCUUUUAGCUACCGUAAUAAGGAUGCGUUGCGGUUGACGUUUAGCCAUCGACCAAAACAAGCAACGGGACCACCGUGUUCUAUGACGGGAAAGGAGGAGAGAAACGCCGCAACUUUACGUGGAUCCUUGUUUCGCAACGAGUUGACGGCGUCGACUGAACUGUUUUUCGGCGGCUUGGGGUUACAAAGUCGAACUCCGACGGCGCCUGUGAGUGGGGCACAAACUCCACCCCAAGACCCCAUUCUCAUCAAAAGAGGGUUCCUCGGCGCCGGCGGCUUCGGAACUGUAACUCAUCGCUGGGACGUGAGCACAGGACUUGAAUGUGCAUGUAAAAAGCCUCAUGGUCCACUCGAUCCACUAGUUCAGGAGUAUUGGAAGAAGGAGAUCAAAAUUAUGGGCCAAAUUAAGCAUGAGAAUAUUGUGAAGUUUCAUCCGGAGAUCAAGGUCGGCUUCCCUUUGAAAUAUCUCCACGAACAAAAUCCUCCAAUCGCGUAUCGCGAUCUAAAGUUGGAAAAUGUCCUUGUCCGCGAACGCUGCCCACUUCAUGCCCAGCUUGCGGACUUCGGUUUAGUAAAGGAGGGUUCCCUGAGGACUGGUAAAAUCGGCACAGCCUGCCGGAAGCGGAUGUCCGAGGAAUACCUUGGUGUGAAAAAAAUCAUUGAUCGAGCCAACCAAUACAAAAAUGAAGGUCUAAUGGAGUUCUUAACAAUCCAUAUGUUGGUCCUGAAACCAGAAGAUCGAUCUUCAGCAGACGUCUGUUUGAAAGCCGUCGAACAUCUUAGUGCUCCCUCUCGAGACGGUAGUGUCACCCCUACUCAAGCUUCGCUCGCCGGAAAAGCCCCAUUAACAUCAGAAAAUGCUGUAUCAGACUUGUCUCCCAGUGAGCUGAACGCAUACAUUGCGGCCAACGCUCCUCUUGAAGAAUCGCGAAAGAGACCAGCCCAGGAACGGUCAUCAUCAGGUAACCAGGCAGACCAAGCGUCUUGCUCGGACAGACGUGACAGCGAUGCCCCCUCGACGAUCACGAAUGCUGCCGGGAACCGAAGCAUUCCGUCAAAUGUGGAUGAUCACCUCGAUGAUCCUGUGCGGGCUAGUGAACGAGCACUCUCAAAUAGCGAAGAGGAACUCCUGCGCCUGGUGCAAGCGGAUUUCCAAUGA